CGCGGGCACAGAGCCAACGUGAGCUGCUAAGCCCGUUGUCCCCAUGGAAGCAGGCCCGCGAAACUACUGCAACAGGGGGAGAAGACCCCAGCCAAGCCCGCCCGGCCCAGCCUCAGCGCUGCCUAGGCAAGCCCUUCCCCGCCCCCCUUUCCGUGUGAGGAGGAGGAGGAGGCGGCGGCGGCCAAGUUGGCGAACAUCCGCCUUAGCGUGGCGGAAGGGAAGCAAGCGGAGGCUGUGCGGGAGCCUGGCUGCUGCUGCUGCUGCUGUGAAAAGAGCCGCGAGAAGAAGCAGCCGCUCUUCAGGCGGAUGAAGGAGAGGCUGCCCCGCCAUGGAUGUCCUCUGCGGCUCCCCGUUCUGGGAUUCCAACAUUACGCUGCACACAGACAGCCCAGACCUAACACCGUGUUUCCAGAAUACCGUCCUGGCAGGGAUCCCAUGCUUCUAUUUUUGGGGCGCAUUGCCUUUUUAUGUUUACUACUUAAAACGCAACAAACGGGGAUAUAUUGUACUCUCUGCGCUGAGCAAAUUUAAAACGGUCUUUGCUCUUGUACUUUGGUGUGUGUCUUGGUCCAAUCUCUUCUACUCUUUCCAUGGAAUCAUUCAAAGCAAAACCCCACCACCUGUGUAUUUUGUAAUGCCCUUAAUUGUUGGCAUCACAAUGUUGGCAGCCAUGUUGCUUAUCCAGUAUGAGAGGCUUCAUGGAGUCCAGUCCUCAGGCAUUCUCUUCAUAUUCUGGUUCUUGUGUGUGUUGUGUGCCUUGGUUCCUUUGCGAUCCAGAAUCAUUGGUGCUUCAGCAGCUCAGGACCAAUUGGAAGACAGAUUUAGGAAUACCACGUUUUAUAUCUACUGCGUACUGAUCCUCAUUGAGUUGAUUCUCUCAUGUGUUAAAGAGAAACCUCCAUUUUUCUCUCCAGUGAAUUUUGACCCUAAUCCCUGUCCAGAAUUAAAUGCCAGCUUUCUUUCCAAGAUGACAUUUUGGUGGUUCACAAGCAUGGCAAUCCAAGGGUAUAAGAAGCCUCUUGAAGAUAAAGAUUUAUGGUCUGUGAAUGAAGACGAUAAAAGUGAAAUGGUAGUACAAAGGCUUCAGAAAGAGUGGGAUAAACAAAAACAGGAAGUACAACAGAAAAAAGAUGUAGUCUAUACAAAAACCUCUAACCAUGCAAUGAACCAUGUUGUCGAUGGGCUGGAGGAAACAGAGAUCUUGUUAAGCAGCAACCUAAAGCAGAAAAAGCCUUCCUUUCUCAAAGCCUUACUCAGGACAUUUGGCCCUUACUUCUUAAUUGGUUCCAUGUUCAAAUUGAUACAAGACUUGUUGUCUUUUGUCAAUCCCCAGUUGUUAAGCGUAUUGAUUAGCUUCGUUAAGAAUAAAAAUGCUCCCUUAUGGUGGGGGUAUCUGAUUGCGGCUAUGAUGUUUUUCUCUGCCGUGCUGCAGACGAUAAUCCUUCACCAGCAUUUCCAGUACUGCUUUGUUACUGGGAUGAGACUGAGAACCGGCAUUGUAGGGAUGAUCUACAGAAAGUCCCUAGUCAUUACCAACUCAGCAAAGCGCUCCUCUACCGUUGGAGAAAUUGUCAACCUGAUGUCAGUGGAUGCCCAGAGAUUCAUGGAUCUGACUACCUUCCUAAACAUGUUAUGGUCAGCACCACUCCAGAUCUGCCUCGCUUUAUACUUUCUCUGGCAGGCUUUGGGACCUUCUGUGCUGGCAGGAGUUGCUGUGAUGGUCUUGCUCAUCCCGUUAAAUGCUGUGAUUGCUUUGAGAACCAGAGCUUUACAGGUGGAACAGAUGCGCUACAAAGACUCCCGUAUUAAGCUAAUGAAUGAAAUUCUAAGUGGCAUAAAAGUACUGAAACUUUAUGCUUGGGAAACAUCCUUUGCGGACAAAGUUCUGGAGAUACGGAAGAAUGAACUCCGUGUUUUGAAGAAAUCAGCCUACCUAAAUGCUUUGUCAACUUUUGCAUGGGUCAGCGCACCAUUUCUGGUUGCGUUGACCACUUUUGCUGUUUAUGUCUCUGUGGAUGAAAAGAACGUACUUGAUGCAGAGAAAGCCUUUGUGUCUCUCUCCCUGUUUAAUCUUCUAAGGUUCCCACUCUCCAUGCUCCCCCAGGUGGCUAGCAACAUUGCACAGGCAAAUGUUUCCCUGAAGAGGAUUCAGUACUUCUUGUCACAUGAUGAACUUGAUCCAAGCUGUGUGGAAACCAAAUUGAUUACUCCAGGGUAUGCUGUUACUGUAAAGGAAGGAACAUUCAGCUGGGCAAAGGGUCUUGAGCCAGCUCUGAAAGAUAUUAAUUUGUUGGUCCCCACUGGUUCUUUGGUGGCUGUUGUUGGCCAUGUUGGCUGUGGAAAAUCUUCACUGGUGUCAGCUCUUCUUGGUGAAAUGGAAAAGCUCGAUGGAGAAGCAGCUGUGAAGGGUUCAGUUGCUUACGUACCCCAACUAGCCUGGAUCCAGAAUGCCACUUUGAAAGAUAACAUCUUGUUUGGCCACCUUUAUCAUGCACAAAAGUAUCAAACUAUCUUGGAAGCAUGUGCCUUACAACAAGAUCUCGAGAUGCUUCCUGGGGGAGAUCAGACUGAGAUAGGCGAGAAGGGCAUCAAUCUCUCAGGUGGUCAGCGGCAGCGAGUGAGCCUUGCCCGUGCAGUGUUCAGUGAUGCUGAUGUUUACUUGCUAGAUGACCCUCUUUCAGCUGUGGAUUCCCAUGUGGCCAAACAUAUAUUUGACAAAGUAGUUGGACCAGAAGGAAUACUUAAAGGAAAAACUCGAAUUUUGGUGACCCACAGCAUCACUUUUUUGCCCCAGGUGGACCACAUUGUUGUCAUUGUAGAUGGUAAAAUCUCUGAAAUGGGGUCUUAUCAAGGGCUUUUGCAACAAAACGGAUCUUUUGCAGAGUUCCUCCGCAAUUAUGCACCUGAUGAAGACGUAGAAGAAGAUGAGCCUACAAUUGUGGAGGAUGAAGAAGUCCUACUUGCUGAAGAUACACUCAGCAACCACACAGAUCUGGCAGACAGUGAACCAGUGACAAAUGAAGUCCGUAAGCAAUUCCUGAGACAACUUAGUGUAAUAUCUUCAGAUGGUGAAUGUCCUAGCAAAAUGUCUACAAAAAGACGGAUGUGUGAUAAAAAGCCACCUGAGCUGCCUCUACCCAAAAAAGGUCCUUCUGAGAAACUUAUUCAGGCUGAAGCCAUAGAAACGGGCAGGGUCAAAAUGACAGUUUUCUGGCAAUAUGUGAAGGCUGUUGGCCCUCUAGUUUCUUUGUUUAUAUGUUUCCUGUACUGCGCUCAAAAUGCUGCUUCAGUUGGGGCCAACGUAUGGCUCAGUGACUGGACCAAUCAACCUUUGGUAAAUGGCACUCAGCAGAAUGUGAAGAUGCGAGUUGGAGUCUAUGCUGCCCUAGGCCUCUUGCAAGGACUUAUUGUGUUGAUCUCCUCCUUUACCUUGGCAAUGGGUGGCAUCAAAGCAGCUCGCAGUCUUCACUUAGGAUUGCUGGAGAACAAGCUCCAUACCCCACAGUCUUUCUAUGACACAACUCCAAUUGGCCGGAUCAUCAACCGCUUCUCUAAGGACAUCUAUGUGAUUGAUGAAGUGAUACCACCAACUAUCUUGAUGUUUCUGGGAACUUUCUUCAACUCUGCAUCAACAAUGAUUGUGAUCAUAGCAAGCACCCCAUUCUUUGCUGUGGUUAUAGUGCCUCUAGCAAUUCUGUACUUCUUUGCCCAGCGUUUCUAUGUGGCCACCUCUCGCCAAUUAAAGCGUCUGGAAUCCGUAAGCAGAUCCCCCAUAUAUUCUCAUUUUUCGGAAACAGUCACAGGGGCAAGUGUCAUCCGAGCUUACAGAAGAGAAAAGAAUUUUGUUUGCCUGAAUGAUAUGAAGGUGAAUAGCAAUCAGAAAAGUUACUAUCCUGGAAUUGUAUCCAACAGGUGGCUGGGAGUUAGAGUUGAAUUUGUAGGGAACUGUAUCGUAUUUUUUGCAGCCCUUUUUGCCGUAUUAGGUAAAGACAAGCUGAACCCUGGGCUGGUUGGACUUUCAGUAUCCUAUGCAUUGCAGGUGACGAUGGCUCUGAACUGGAUGGUACGAAUGACAUCUGACCUGGAAAGCAACAUUGUGGCUGUAGAAAGAGUAAAAGAAUAUUCAGAAACUGAAAUAGAGGCUCCUUGGAUAAUUGAAGACAAAAGACCAUCGGAAGACUGGCCUACCCAGGGAGAAGUGCAGUUUGCAAACUAUUCUGUGAGGUAUAGGAAAGGCUUGGAUUUGGUGCUGAAAGAACUCAGCCUGAAUGUACAAGGUGGAGAAAAGGUUGGGAUAGUUGGAAGAACAGGAGCUGGCAAAUCUUCUAUGACCCUCUGCCUCUUCAGGAUCCUAGAAGCUGCAGAAGGGGAAAUAAAAAUUGAUGGGCUGAGAAUCUCUGAGAUUGGUCUUCAUGAUUUACGAUCCAAGCUGACCAUAAUCCCUCAGGACCCUGUCCUUUUUUCUGGAACACUCCGAAUGAAUUUGGAUCCAUUUAAUAAAUAUUCUGAGGAAGAAAUAUGGAAAGCUCUUGAACUGUCCCAUUUGAAGAGGUUUGUCAGCAGUCAGCCAGCUAUGUUGGAUUACGAAUGUGCGGAAGGAGGAGAAAACCUUAGUGUUGGCCAAAGGCAGCUUGUGUGCUUGGCCAGAGCUCUUCUCCGCAAAACAAGGAUCCUUGUUCUAGAUGAAGCCACUGCAGCGAUCGACCUUGAGACAGAUGAUCUCAUUCAGAUGACAAUAAGGACACAAUUUGAAAACUGUACAGUGCUAACAAUAGCACACAGGCUAAAUACAAUUAUGGACUAUACAAGAGUCCUUGUUCUAGACAAAGGAGUAAUUGCUGAAUUUGACACACCUUCAAGACUUAUAGCAUCCAGAGGGAUUUUCUAUGGUAUGCUCAAAGAUGCUGGAUUGGCAUAACAGGACAGCUGCUAUAUACCAUCAAGGAUGGAUCUUUUUGUUCACUCAGAAGCAAUACUUUGAAUGUACGGUACUUUGCAGAACAGCAUUUCUGCCAGAUUAUGGUGAUACAGGAGAAAGUAUUUUGUAUACCUGUGAGAACCAGAAAACUAAUUUUAUAUUUUUAAAAAAUAUUUUCUACAUACUGAAGUAUUUUUUUAAUUGACUCGCAUCCUGCUAAGAAAAUGGAUGUGAUGUAUAUGUAUGCAUAGCACUUAAUGUAUUCUAUUACUAGUAAAUAGCUAGUGGUACAAAACUGUU